AUGACUUUGACAUGGCAUUCAUUCACUCUUCAAUUAACCAAUUCAGGUUUUGUUGAAUCAUGGUUCAGAGAAUCAUUGGUUGUGAAGCUCGGGAUUUCUUUUAGUUCGAGAGUUACAAAGGUCCAAAUAAACUUUUACAAAAAAAAGAAAAAGGGAAAAACAUGGGAGAAACUUCAACUUGCUGCAAGGGUUAUUGUUGCAAUUGAGAAUCCUCAGGAUAUUAUUGUUCAAUCUGCUAGACCUUAUAGACAGAGAGCUGUUCUCAAAUUUGCUCAGUAUACUGGUGCUCAUGCUAUCGCUGGAAGACACAUUCCUGGAAUUUUUACUAAUCAGCUUCAAACUUCAUUCAGCGAGCCGCGUCUUCUCAUCCUCACUGACCCAAGAACUGAUCACCAGCCAAUUAAAGAAGCAGCUCUUGGGAAUAUUCCCAUAAUUGCUUUCUGUACACUAAUUCUCCUAUGCGAUAUGUUGACAUUGGAAUUCCUGCCAACAACAAAGAGAUAG